CUUCACUCUCUCCAUGUUGAAACGAACCAACUUGUCCUGCAGACUCCAGCCGUGCGCCACAGCCCCGCGCGGCUCCACUCCGCUCCAGCGCGUCCCCGUCGACUGCUAUGAGGCUAAACGGGAUUAUAAACACAAAAACCACAGCCUGAGUCGGUCCUCGUCGAAGCAGAGUGAGACGGCCGCUCCCCCCCCCCCCCCCACGCCUCUGGAUGUGGAGUCUGCUGCAGCGCAGGUGAAAGAGGAGCAGCUUGGCAGAAUGAAGGAGGAGAAUUUGUUCCAGCGGAGGUUUUCUCUGUGUCCCAAUGCCGUGUCUCCUCCGAAGAUCGAACCCCACCUCCUGACCCGGAACCUGUCCUACUCCGGAGACAAUGACCUCUACAACAUCAGCACAGGCAGUGAGGCAGACAGGAACGGUCUCUCCAUGAUGAGUAAUGAACUUAGCCCUGCCCAAUCCCCAAGCAGCAAGUCUGAGUCCAGGAUGUUCAAUGGAGUGGAGAAAGAAUGCCCCUCCCCUACAGAGAAACUGGCCCGGAAGGAGUCUCUCAAGGUGCAAAAGCAAAAUUACAGGCAAGAAAAGAAACGGGCUGCGAAGGAACUUUCUACUGCACUAAAGGACCCGAGUGUUGUCAUCAUGUCCGAUUGGCUGAAGAUACGGGGGUCUUUAAAAAGUUGGACCAAACUGUGGUGUGCCCUGAAGCCGGGGGUUUUAUUGAUCUAUAAGACUCCAAAGACGGACCAUUGGGUGGGGACCAUCCUGCUGAGCGCCUGCAAACUCAUCGAGAGACCCUCUAAAAAAGACGGGUUCUGCUUCAAACUCUACCAUCCUCUGGAGAAAUCCAUCUGGGCCGUCAAGGGUCCAAAAGGAGAGAAUGUCGGCUCCAUCACGCAGCCUUUGCCCAGCAACUAUUUGAUUUUCAGAGCUGCCAGUGAGUCCGAUGGCCGGUGCUGGAUGGACGCCUUGGAGUUGGCUCUGAGCUGCUCCAGCCUUUACAAACUGACAGCCAAAGGAGGGAAAGAGGGCGACAUCAGCACCUCCUCAGACUCCUCCCACAUCCUCCACCUGCUGCAGUCGACCGCGCUGACUGACGCCGAGCUAAUGCAGUUGGAUGACAGUGCACUGCUGGGUCAUCACAACAUGGAGCACGACGGCUUCUCCGACAAAUCAGAGCGUGAAGCUCAAGAUGAUUGGGACACAACAGCCAAUGAGAACGGAGGAAGGUUAACGGAGGAAAGUGACAUCGACCAAUCAGAUGAACCACUUCCUGGGCCAGAGGCCACUGCUUAUAUUGAGCAGGGUGCAGAGGAGAUGGGCGAGGCUGGGGAGGCGUCUCAGGUGGAGACCGUCUCAGAGGAGAACAAGGGGUUAAUCUGGGGUCUGCUCAAGCAGCUGCGGCCCGGGAUGGACCUUUCAAAAGUCGUACUCCCCACGUUUAUCCUGGAGCCACGCUCUUUCUUGGACAAACUGUCGGAUUAUUACUACCACGCUGAUCUGCUCUCUCAAGCUGCAGUAGAAGAGAGCGCCUACGGUCGAAUAAAGCAGGUGUUAAGAUGGUACUUGUCUGGCUUUUAUAAGAAGCCCAAGGGUCUAAAGAAGCCUUAUAAUCCAAUCCUUGGGGAAACAUUUCGCUGCUGCUGGCUCCAUCCUCAGACAAACAGUUGCACUUUCUACAUUGCUGAGCAGGUGUCCCAUCAUCCGCCCAUCUCUGCCUUUCAUGUCUGUAACAGGAAAGAUGGAUUUUCCAUCAGUGGAAGCAUCUUGGCCAAGUCCAAGUUCUACGGAAACUCUCUGUCUGCCAUUCUCGAUGGUAAAGCCAGAUUACUUUUCCUGAGCAGAGAGGAGGAGUACAUCAUCACCAUGCCCUACGCUCACUGUAAAGGCAUCCUCUACGGCACCAUGACUCUGGAGCUUGGAGGAAAAGUCACCAUUGAGUGUGAAAAAACCAAAUGUUUUGCAGAACUGGAGUUCAAACUUAAGCCUUUUCUUGGAGGCUCAAGCUCAGUGAAUCAGAUCAGUGGGAAGAUCCAUGUGGGAGAGGAGCUCGUGGCCACUGUGGACGGACACUGGGACAAUGAAGUCUUCAUUUGUGAAAAACGUUCAGGCCAACAGGAGAUUCUGUGGAACCCAAGCACCGACAUCCGCAACAGUCGCCUCAAACGACAAGUGGUGCAGAUCGAUCAGCAGGGCCCGUUUGAAUCUGAGAAACUGUGGCAGCAUGUGACCAGUGCCAUAAUGGAGCGGGACCAGGUCAAGGCCACUCAGGAGAAGUUUGUCCUGGAGGAGGCUCAGCGGAAAGAGGCCAAAGAGCGAGGAGACAAGCCCUGGGUCCCACAGCUGUUCCAGCAGGACCCCAUCUCGUCUGAGUGGACCUACAAGCACCUCGACACAAGACCGUGGGACAAUGAGCGCUGCCUUGUACAGUUUGAAAAAGACGGAGUCGUUCAAACACAGGAAAAGAAUCAGAAACAACACCACAGCCUCUCGUACAGGCACAGCUGGGGCAGCCAACACAAGACAGAGCACAGGAAGCGCAGGAAAACCAGCAGCCAACCGUCGAGCUGCAGCCAGAACACGGAGAGCAGCAGCACCACCCCAGAGCCCACCCACGAGUCCUCAGACAACGAAGACGGCUUCUCAAAGCAGUGCGCCCGGUGCAGUAAAGACGUGCAGGACCUCGCCCAGAUCGAGGCGUCCAUCUCGUCCAUAAAGACGACUCAGCAGGACAUACAGAGGAACCUGGUGGCUCUGAGUCGUCAGCUGGUCAGUGAACGAGCGGCCAAUGACUCUAUGACGUUAACGGGCCGUCACUGCCUCAUCCUGUGCGUCCUGCUCCUGUCUCAGCUCCUGUUCAACUGCAUGUUCACCUGAGCCCAGUGUGGGGGCGGAGCUUCUGUCUGACCCUGCUCUGACCUCAGAGCUAACAUCAGCCCAGAGAGUAACGCUGCCCCUCACGUGUCUUAAAAGACGAAGAAGAGACUUAUAGCAAUAAACACAGCCACAGCCGCGCCUGUCAGUCACAUCUGCAGAGAGAAAGGGCGCCCCCUACUGUAGCCAGACUGUAACAGCAAUGGCACCCAUGCACUUUGGAGACUAAAGAGGAACAACAAACAAGAAUGGCCUAAAAGACUCUUAAUAAAACCUGAAAUGUUUUGGAAUAUGAAGAAUAAUUUAGUUCCAUGACAGAGCGGAUGUUUCACCAUUCCUGAGUGUCUUUUUAUUGCCCUGCAAUACUGUUUAUCUGUGUGUGUGUAUCUAUAUAAGUAUAUCUCGUUCUUAUACUUUAGGCCCUAUGGGCGCAGGCUGAUGAUCACCUCUUAAACUUUCUCACUCCCUUCACCACAUUAUGGGCCUUAAUGCUGAAGCCAAAAAGAAGAGAAACUCUGAGUGAAGAACGUAGAUCUCUUCCAACAGUGCAAUUGUGUGUUUUAUAUUGAUGUUUGCUCACAUCCACGUUGUCUUGUCUCUUAAUGAUAAUUUUACCAAAACAGUAUUUAUAUGAGAAAGGACAAAGAGUACUUGUUUACAGGGAUACUGUGUGUUUGCGACACACGGAGGAGGGACAGUAAGAAAGAGAAAAGAGCCAAACAGACUGUGCCUGGAUAGAAGCUCUGGUCAUGACACUAGUUUGUACAAUCAGAACGAGCAGCAGAGGGAAUAAUGAAGUAACGACAGUUACUUUGGCCUAUAGCGGUUUGGGUCCACAUCAAGGUCAAGAGACUCUUUAGUAAUAAUCUUAGUGAUAGGUUUUUCAUUUAAUCAAUUUGUACAGAAUAUAUUUGUUCACUGAAGGUUUGUGUGUCCAAAACAGAUUUCAGAAUGUAUUUAUUGAGUGAUUAACCUUGAGUUUCUAAUCUAAUGUAGUUGGAUGUUGGAGAUCGGGUGACAAUCGCUCUCCCAGGGUCGUCCAUACUUGAUUGUGUGUUUGUGUGUCACUGUGAGCACGUGUGUGCCAGUAAAGCCAUUACACUCGUGCUGAGCAGAGCCUUUUCUGUCCCCUACAUUGUGACCUUACAUUUCAAUUGGACUGGGCCUCGGCCUCAGGUGGUCCAUCAUUGUUAUUACUCACCUGCCCAAUGGGAGAGCAGCUGAGAGCACAACACUCUGAACACUUCACUCACACUUUAAUCGUUGGGAUACAUUUCUACUGCCAUGUUGUGGGAUUUUCUCAUGCCACAUGUUUUGUUCUAUUGUUUUUAUUCAUACCUGUUGCAUACUGUAGCACUACAGUAAAGUUUUUUAACCCAUGA